AUGGAAAAAAAACGACAGGUAGUAGGAGGUGAAAAAACCACAGCUAUUUCACCUACAUCUAUAGAAGGAAAACCUGAGGGGGAAGAACCUCCACAAAUACCAAAAGAUGUGCCUAAAGAACAAUUUCCAGAAGCACAAAACGGAAAUCCUACAGCAACAAUAACGGAAACAAAUACUAUAACUACAACAGCCAUUACAACAUCUAUUGUUAAUGAUGCGGUAAUUAAUACUUCUGAUAAUUCUAAUACUUCUUCGGCGGGUUCAACGAAUAUUUUAUUAGCUGCUUUAUUAGGUACCGUUGGACUAAUAAUUAUCUUAAGUGGUUUAUUAAUUAUCAUAAUUUGGUUAAGAAGAGGAGAGAAAGCUAAAGGAGGAAUUGAAAACAGAGGGUUAACUCAACUAAAUGAUGACGGAAACAUUAACGUUUCAAUGAAUGACAUGAAUACUUAUAGGCCAAGAGAUCUAGACGAUGAACAAUUACCUAGUUAUGCUGAAGCUGUAGUUAGAGGUAGAAGUAGUGGCAUAAUAACUUUGAAUUGA